AUGUCGAGCCAGGAUUUGAAUGCAGAGCCUUUUAGUAAUACAGAUACACCUGUAGGUUCAUUUGAUGAAAAAAACGAAAUAUGCACUCGUGAAGAAACUAAAAUAUGCACUCAUGAAGUUACCGCACGAAACGGUCGAAUUAUCCGUAAAGGCCGUUAUCUUCCCUAUGAAGACAAACGGUUAAUAUAUUAUUAUAAAGAACUCAAAGACAAACAUAAGAAUAAUGUCUUCGCGGUGAUCGAAACGUAUAUGAAUAGAAGUGCUAAAUCUCUGCGAGAACGAUAUUGUAACCAUCUUGAUGAAAAUAUUGACAACACAGAACUAACACAUGAUGAGAAGACUCGUAUUUAUGAUAUCUAUUAUAAGCUUGGUCGUCGCCCAGUCCACGCCGAAAUAGCGCGUAGGUUAAGCGAAGCACGCGAGGAUGGUAAGCGCAGAACAGAUCUUAUUGUUCGGAAUUUUUUGUCACCAAAGUUAAAAAAGAAUAAAGAAAGUAGUAUCCGUAUUAAAACCGUAAUGGCUGUGGAUGCUUUAAUAAAUGAGGGUGAAAGUGGCUCGGUUAAUUUAAUAAACAAAAAUGAUAUGAGCCCGGUUGAUUUAACAAGUGAAGGCAAAAUGGACAUGAAUAAUAUAAUCAAUCAAUAA